GGCCAUUCCUCCAUUUCAAUUUUGAACGGCCAUUUUUCCAUUCACUCAAUUCUAAUCUCCGCACAAAUUGGGAAAUGUAGCGCAAAAUGCUAAAAUGUAUUCCACUAUUCCUCCAUUCCACAUCAGCCGAGAACGACCAUUCCUCCAUUCCAUCAUUCUAAACAGAAAGAAAAGGAAGGUUUUUGGAAAGAAAAUUUGUAAAAUAAAAAAAUAACAACAAUUAAGGAAAAAACCAGUGGAAAGUUAAACAAAUAAAAAUAAUAUAAAAUAAAAAUACAAAAGCGCGAAAAUAAAAGCAAAAGUUUAGUGUUUCGUAAACCGGUUGUACUCGCUCGCUUGUGGAUGGAGAAAGGGGAUGGCAAUGUCGGAAGGAAAUUUAGCAUUGUGAAAAACAAUCAAGACAAAAUCAAAAGAGAAAGAAAGAAAUAAAGGAAAAUUAUACAUAUGAAUAUGUACAUACGACUUAUGGAAUAAAUAUGGUGAUGUUAUAAAAAAUAUUUGUCGAAAUUUUCAAUUGCUGGCCAUUGGUGCACAUAUGGAAUAGUAGGUUUGGCAAAUUUCUUUGUAAAGCAAGUAAAGUCUGGAUCAGAAAACGGGUGAGGCCGCAGCCGCCGCGCCACUCUGAGUAGUGUAGUGUGAAAUAGUAGUUGUGGCCAGGUAAAUGCAGAAAGCUUACAGAGAGAUGCGUGGCGUUUAUUGCUAAAUCCACACGUUAACCCAAUACCACCCAAUAAUCCGCACAUACACCCGCUCCGAAAUUCUUACAUACAUACAAGUGCUAUGUGCUGCAUUUUUAUUAUGCGUCCAUCUUUUUGAAAAGUUAACAAAACGACGUCUCGCUUGUUUUUUUUUUUGCUGUGUGUGUUGUUUUUCUUCUGGUGCGCAAUUGUCUUUUGGAUUCCGGGGGUUAUAGAGGUGGAGACGGCAGACCGUCCACCGACACUGGGUACGACGUUGCUUUCCUGGUAAAGCCGAAAUGUAAAUAUUGGCCUUAGUACUCAACAUCGCGGCGACUACGACGACAUCAACUGGCGAAAAUCGCGAAGUAAACCAAACAAAUAUGUAAAAUUUUGAGAUUUCAUAAAAAAGUAUUACGAAAAAUAGCAAUAAAGUGUGCCAAAUAAUCAAAAGAGUGUAUAAAACGCAAUAUGGAAAAUUUUGCUCAUAUGCUGUGAAAGCAAUUAAAUAUCAUAAAUCACUGCAAAAAAAGGCAAGCAGAAUAGCAAAAAGAAAAAAAUGCUAUCAAGUCUCUGUCUGAGCGUCUGAGCUUGCCUCUUCGUGUGUGUGCCUCUGUGUGUUCGAUUGUGAGUGCAAAAGUUACUAUUAACUUGUCCUACCACUAUUACCUCCCAUUGCUCUCCACUCCUUACUCAGGAGGAGGCGCUUCUACUACAUCCUCAAAAGUGAUAUUCCUUUUCCCAACAAAAAUAAGAAGAAAAAAACACACAAAAAAGUAAAACGCCCUGACCUUCUGGCUCUUGGUUUUCUUUGGCUACUAGCCACAGUAGGCAACAUCUACGUCUCUUGCCAAUUCGCCCUCAAAUCCUUGUCCCCAACCCAAACCCUAACUCCCCUUACCACCUUCUUCAAUCGCAAUGGAUAUGUAAACUUUUUGUUCAACACCAUAGAGUUGGGACAGCAUAAGAAACGUAUCAAAAGAAUGGUGGCAGGCUGAACACCAAUAUUUUCAGGAUCAGCAAACACCAAGAAGGAAGGCCCAUUUGUGAUGCUUUUCAACAUUGCAAAAAGCUAAAGUCAACAACCAUCCCAAUGUUUUGCUGGAUUGCCGCUUUAGUGCACUCUUAUGUGGACCACAAACAAUAAUACUUUAAUUUACCCAAAGGUCAUUUUCCUUUAGCCAUUGUCAAUGUCGAAUAACGGCAUAAACAGCGCUACAAAUGGGCGCGCCAGUGCCAAUAGUACCCAUGCCCAUACCGCCACGCAUACGAUUGCCACCCACCCGGUGGCUGUUAAAAACCGGAACCUCAUUGGCGGAGCUAGCAACAUCAACAGUGGCAGCGGUGGUGUUGGGGGCGUCGGCGGAGCCUCAUCUGCCAAGACAACGUCAAUUAAUCUUAAAACAAAUGAAAGUAGAACAAAAAUCAAUAAUGUGGCGGUCACGGCGGCAACGACAACAACAGCACCGACAACAACGACCACGAAUAGCACACUGCCGGAUAGUAAACCCCUUAAUAUGGCCAUGAAGGCGAAUAACAACGAUCAACACACCCAUCAUCAGCAACAACAACAAUAUGUAAAUAUCAAGAAGUCAUCGGGACAUGUGGCGUUCAACUCGAAUUCAUUAAAUUCAUCCUCUCAAGUAGCGAGUCAACAGCAGCAGCAGCAGCAGCACCAUCAACCUUUAGUGAAUGUAAAUAAAUUACCCACACAUAGACGUGAUAGUUCUAAUGUGAGUGGGCAUCAUGCCCAUACGGGCAUCUUGCCACAAAGCCUAAAAGAUGCCUCCAAAUAUAGAUAUUUGCGACCCCAAACACAUUACCGGGCUGAGGACAAUAGUCGAGAUGAAGUGGAUCGAGUGGUGGAUAGGCGUUUGAGCGGUGGUAUGCCUAUAACAACUGCCACCGCCGUCACCGCUUAUGAAGAUGACCCUAAAAAGGAAAAAAACGAUAUGUUAUUGGUCUAUUAUGAUGGACAGUUGGAGGGUGGUUCCUUAGAUGCCCUUAUUGAGCAUAUGGUACCCACUCAUGAUUAUUAUCCCGAUAGGAUAUAUACAUUUGCAUUUUUGCUCAGUGCGAGGCUAUUUAUACGACCCCAUGAAUUGCUGGCCAAAAUAUCACAAACAUGGGAGCGACAACAACACCAACAACAACAGCAGCAGCAACAACAGUCUGGCACUGUUGGCCCUAUUCAAGAUCACUUGGAACACGAUGCUGGUCAUUUUUCAUCGAACAUAACCAAUUCCCCCUUGGCUCAAAGAAAACCUAUGGCCGUUGGAGUUGGAGUUGGCCCACCCACAAACACCCAAAAAUCAGCACACAAUUGUAUACGUCUGCUGGCGGAAUGGAUUGAAACAUUUCCCUAUGAUUUUCGUGAUGAACGUCUAAUGCAACAGGUGCGCAUUUUGACCCGUAAAUGUGUUUACAUUGACAAUUCCCUGGGCAAGCAGGUCUCGAAAAUUCUUCAAUUAUUGGUUCAACGUCUGACAUCGUUGGAGAAAUACGAAGAAUUUCUGCAAUCCCUGCAACAAUAUGAUCUCAAUAAUACCCUGCAGCCGCAUUAUAGCACCUCAGCAUCAGCCUCCUACUCCUCAACUUCCUCCACAUCGGCGUCCUCAACGAAUGCCACUCACAUUAACUCAUUAACCAAGUCCUCUGUUCAGGCCUUGAACAGCCAUCAUCAUCAUCAUCAUCAUGAUUCAUCGCAUAAGAAUAAUUAUCUAUCAAAUGCUCAAUACUCCACACAUGCCACUGCAUACCACCACAAUUCCAUAGUGCCAGCUAACUCGUCCUCUUCGUCGGCAGCCUCAUCCACCACAGGUGUUGGCUCCGACUCGCCCAAUGCUCAUGAUGUCUAUGGUAUUAUGGAUCUAUGUCCAAGUUGUGCUCAAUUGGCCCAUCAACUGACAGCCAUUGAAUUGGAUCGUCUCUCACACAUAGGGCCCGAAGAGUUUGUCCAAGCCUUUGCCAAGGAAUAUCAAAAUUCCAUGGCAAAUUCUGCCUCGAAUACGGCGGGAGGUGUGAUGAGCACUUCAUUGAAUGACAUGAAGAAAACCAGAAAUUUGGAAUCGUAUGUGGAAUGGUUUAAUCGCCUCAGUUAUUUGACGGCGUCGGAAAUCGUAAAGUACCCCAAAAAGAAGCAACGUGUUCGCGUCAUUGAAUAUUGGAUAGAAACUGCCCGUGAAUGUUUUAAUAUUGGAAAUUUUAAUAGCCUUAUGGCAAUUAUAGCUGGUCUUAACUUGGCUCCCAUUUCGAGGCUUAAGAAAACGUGGUCAAAAGUACAAUCUGCCAAAUUUUCAGUAUUGGAGCAUCAAAUGGAUCCUACCUCUAAUUUCAAUAGCUAUCGCUCCACUCUGAAAGCGGCCAUGUGGCGUUCCGAGGGUGCCACCGAGGAGCGUGAACGCAUUAUCAUUCCAUUUUUUAGUUUAUUCGUUAAGGAUUUGUAUUUUCUCAAUGAGGGUUGUUCAAAUAGGCUACCCAACAAUCAUAUCAACUUUGAAAAAUGUUCUCAACUUGCCAAACAAGUUAUGGAAUUUAAUGAAUGGAAACAAGUGACGUGUCCCUUUGAGCAGUCGCCCAAUGUCAUUGCCUAUUUACAGAAUAUAUCCGUACUCAACGAAAACACCCUGUCGAUGGCCUCAUUCGAAUGUGAAACACCUGAAAAUACCGAAGAGAAAGAUCGCUACAAGACGGUUAAGGCCGAAACGAAACAACUGUUACAACAAUUGCAAGAACAACAACUACAUCAACAACAGCAGCUGCAGCAGCAACAACAACAACAGACACAACACUAAAACUAACAGUAACAGUAAUAAAAAAUUGUAUUAUUUUUUUUUCUUGUGUUAAACCACGUUUACACUGAUCAUUAAAAUCUGUUUUAAUGGCUCUAUCAUAUGUUUUUCCUUUAAAAUAUGAGCUGAAAUGAGCCGUAAAUCAGGUUUUAAUGAGUGUGUAAACGGGGUUUUAUUAUUUUAUAAUUCUAUAACAAUUUGUUUUUCGAACUACACUCAACAAGCUUGCCAUGUUUUUAUAUAUAUACACACAGACAUAUUUAUAUAAUAUUUUUUUUUAUAUACCUAUACAAAAUAUAUUACAGUCGAUAUGUAAUAUGAGAUAACGAGAUAUUAUUAUUAACAAACAUAAGUAGUUUUUUCUGUUUUAUUUUGUUAAUAUUUAAGUACGUAACAUCUAGUUUUAAUUUGUAUGUCCUUAUAAGAGGCCAAUCAAGGCAAUAACUUCAAAAGUUAUUGUGGGAUAAUUUUUUAUUAAAACAAAGAAAGAAAAAAACAAACAAUUUAUAGUCGUAUUGCUUAUAUUAGAACAUAAGAUUAUGACACUCACACACACACACACACACAGCCACAGAGAAACAAACACAAAUAUUUAAUGAUAUACAUGCCUAGGUUUAUGUAAACAAAUGCCAACAAUCAAGAGCAGAACACAUAUUAACGAACUCUUUUGAAUAAUUAACGGGACCUUCACAUUUGAAGAUUUGGUGUUUGUUUUCAAAGAAGUUCACACAAACAAAUAGUAUGGAGUGGGAAAAAAAAACUAUUUAAAAUAAUUUAAAGGCUCUAUCACAAAACAUUUUCUUGUCUUAUUACAUGUCACAAUUUAUGUAUCAUUGGUAUUUCAUUAUGUGUGUCCAAAUUGCCAAAUUGCAUACGAUUCAUCAUUUUUGCUAUCACUCUUGUAUGUUGUUUUUGUGUGGCAAUGUUAGGAAAAGCUGAUGAUUAAUAGCGCUAUGAAAGCAAUUAAAUUUGGGUUUGCUUUCAUUCAACUGACAACAACAACAGCAGAUUUCUUUCAGCCCAAUUCUGAAAACUCCCUGGGAAUAAACUUCUAGGGAAUUAAUUUUUCCCUCCAAUAAAAUCCUCCUAAUCUGAUUGAAUGGAGAGAGGGAAAAUUUGGGAGAGAGAAAUGAAAAUUUUCAAAAACAGCUGUUUUGCUUCAGCUGUUUUAUUUUGGCUAAACAUUUGACUACUACUUUUUAAUAAGUUAUAAAGGUUGUUAAAAUUGUUAACAAACAUGUUUAGUGUUGUUUGGGCAAUGUUUGUUUACUUUUUUUUAUUUUAAUAGUGCACAAUUAUGGGCUACAGCGUGUCACGAUAUUUCUGUGUGUUGCGAUAACAACUUUCCCUUUUCAUCCAACAAUCAUUGGCUUAAGUGAGAUGCUUCCAAAGUGGUCUGGUGGAUAGAUAAAUAAUUUAAUUGUGUCAUGUUGUCUUUGGUUGUGCUGACGUUUUCCCUUGUCAGAAGGAGUUUAGUUGUGAGUAGUAUGGAACUUUGCUUCAGCUGAAAGUUGUGAUGGUCUAAAUGAUACGCUGCUUUGUCUAAAGGCCUACUUUUAUGGAGCUAGAACUUGAAGAUCUAAUCGAUAUUUCCGGGCGUUCGCUUUUCUUUGUGGUUGGGAUGUCUGCUGGACAUUGUGCUACCGAAAAGCGACUCAUGGAUUUAUUCCUAUUCCUACGGAGUAAGUGCUGCCAAAUGUGGUAUCCAACAACAAACGGUGGCCAUUUAGCGACAUCCACACACCACAUAUUUUGAUACCUACAUAUGUAUAUAAACCAAUUCUAGGUUUCUCGUCUUUUAUUGCCAAUAAAAUUGAAAAACUUAUACAAACCUUCUAUGGAUUUGGUAUAUGACAUAUAUAAAGCGGUACUCGUAUUUGUUUUUGAUGAAAAAGAGAGGUUAGCAUGUCCGCCUAUGACGCUAAACACCUGGGUUAGAAUCCUGGCGAGACCAUGAGAAAAAAAAAUUUCAGCGGUGGUCUCCCCUCCUAAUGCUGGCAACAUUUGUGAGAUACUAUGCCAUGCAAAACUUCUGUCCAAAGAGGUGUCGCACUGCUGCACGCCGUUCGGACUCGGCUAUAAAAAGGAGGCCCCUCUUAUUAUAGAGCUUAAACUUGAAUCAGACUGCACUCAUUGAUAUGUGAGAAGUUGCCUCUAUUCCUUAGUGGAAUGUUCAUGGACAAAAUUUGCAAUUUACAUAAUAAAUUGUUCGUAAAUAGUAGGAAGUCGUAUCAUUUUUUAUGAAAACAAUUGAAUUCAUAAUUUUUUUACAGACUCCCUUUGAUAUGUUUGGGGAAAUUUUUGCAAAAUUUUAUCUUCUCAUUCUCCCAUUUAUUUCGAUUCAGAAUAGCUAUUUUUCCCCUCUUCGAAGUUUGUUUAGAAUAAGGGAAAAGAGAGCAGGGAAAAAAACUCCCAGGCAAUUGUUAUUCAGAAUGGGGGAAAGGGAGUAGGGGAAAAACUCCCAGGGAAUUGUUACUCAGAAUAGGGCUGUUUAUGUUUUUGUCAGAAGGAAUAGAGCAACGCUCUAAUCGAAAAAGUAACAGUGCUUUUCAUUCGUAUCACACAAUGUGUACAACUUUAAUAAUAGCAAAAUUUGGCAUGUCAUAAGACAAGAACGUGUAGUAUGAUGGCACCUUAAGCAUUAUAUAUCUUGGGUAAAUAAAGUUGAUCUGGUCAGAACCGGUUUUAUCUACCAUAAGAUACAAACAGAUCAAAUUAGUUACAACUAAAUAUAAUUAGAUGAUUUUUGAUCUCAAUUUUGUCCCAGACCUUCAACCUUUUUGCUGGGGAUGUUUAAUUAAAACUAGUUCUAUUUGGGAAAAUUUAGCGAGUCUAUAACACAAGCACGUUGACACCAAUCAUUAAAAUCUGUUUUAACGACUCAAUAAUCUGCUUUCCCUUUAUAAAAUCAGCUGACGUGAGCCAUUAAUCCGGAUUUAAUGAACAUUUGCCCAUAUUCACAAACCUUAAAGAAGGCUUAUUUGGCAGAUUUCCUUUAUAGAACUGUCAAAGAAACCGCCUAUAACACUGUUUUAAGUUUUGUGAAUACCGGUGUAUAGUUUUAAUUUAAAAAUGUGUCACUCAAAUAGAGAGGAUUUCAAAAUCAGCUUUGAGAGUGUUUGCGAGAGUUAUACUAUGUACAGACCAAAGCAAAUGCUCUGAAAAUGACUCGUUUUUCCUUUACAAAUAUAUAAGGACAAAACGACUCGUUUGCCACAAAAACGUAUCAUUCAAAGCAUGUGAGCCCAAAUUAAUGCCUAAAUUGUGUUAAAUAAACACAGCCCUGAAAAAUUUCAAAAAAUAAAAUAGAAUUUUUUCCAAAAAAUACAAAAUAUACACAAUUUUACAGACAAAAGUAAGAAAAAAUAAAUAUUAAAAAACUGUGCAUUAUAACGUGAAAAAAUGCAAUUUCCAAAACAUCUCAACUAGUGCGAACGGUGAGACGUUUUCAAAGCGACAUAAGCAAAACGAGUCAAUGUAGACAUAGCAUUACACAUUUUGAUGUUUACACUUGGAGCAAAUCUAGACUUGCGACGGAAUUUCAAUAAUCUCGUGGUUUGCAACGAGGUUUCCCAUAUAUUUGAGGAGAUUUGCAGCAAAUCUUCUUCGAAAUUUAAAUGCAACCCUGUGUUUGUACCGGUUAUUAUCGGUAUUUUCUACAGCACUUUAUCGCAGCAUCUGACAAUUUCUUAGUGAAAUUUAAAAUUUUGUAAUUAAAUUUAAUAAAAUCGCUUCACUAAUUUAAACCCUGUUUACACUGCUCAUUAAAUCCGGAAUUAAUUCUCUCGUCAGUUGAUUUUAUAAAGGGAAAACAGAUAAUCGAGUUUUUAAAUGCGGAUUUAAAGAGCAGUGUAAACGGGUUUUAAUUGUUGAACACAAUAAAAAUGCUGACCACAAUAAAUACUGUCAAAAGAACCCCUGUUGACAAAUACAAUUCCCGUUGAAUCGUAGGGAAAACGGGUUUUGAAGCUUAUCUCAAAUUAAGUGGAUUUAAGCUCUAGCGUAAACGUGUUUUUUUUUGCCCACCAUUUUAACCGAUGUCCCAUCUUCAAGUGUGAACACCCCUUAAGAAUCAUUCAAACGUUCUGUUUGAUGUUUUCAAAAACGAACUCAAAGAAAAUGCCAGUAAAUUAUAUAGUUUUUCGUCGUCGUAUUGUAUUAAACAUGUACUUAAUGCAUUUAAAGUAUUUGUUAGCCUAUUUGUAAUAUUUAUAUACAGCAAAACAAAUUUCUAAGUAACUCGAUUUUUUAACAAAUCUCAAUAUUUUAUCUUUAUUGGAUAAAUCUCUAAACGCUUAAGGGUAUUGUUGUAAGUAAAUCGUGUUUUUAUUUUAUUUUUAUUACUUCCCUAAGAGAAGCCGAUAGAUGAAAAACGAGUUUAAUUUAACAACAAACCACACACACGUAUAUUUAUAUAGACACUAAAUGAUAUUUUAUUUAAAAAAAAAAAC